GGCGGCACAUUAAUAGAUAUUGGUGGACAACUGAUGCACUUGGAAAUCCCGCAGGUGCCACCAGAACAUCUGGACGAGUUCUGCUCGACCCGCACAUUCAAAAUAUUUAAUACAAACAACAUUUGGGUAAACUUGCGAUCAGUCAAAGAUCAUCUGGACACUAUAUCCAGUGAAAUUAUUGUGAAUAAGAAGAAUCUCAAUGGACGAGGCGUUAUCCAGCUAGAAACAUCCAUUGGAGGAUGCAUUCGCAACUUUCCUCGAUCCUACUGUGUUCAUGUUAGCCGUCACAGAUUCCUACCUGUAAAAAAAUCCGACGAUCUCUUGGCGAUCUCUUCAAAUCUAUACACUCUCAGCCCUGAGAAGUCUUUAGUCCUGAAUAGGAGUCGCCCAGCUCCUAUAGUAGAUCUCGGAAAAUUCUUUCAAAAAGUGGAUGAUUUCCAUGCUAGAUUUGAUGACUAUCCUGACAUUCUCCAAUUAGAUUCGUUAAGAGUCGAAGGGGAUGUACGAUUUGAAAAAGGAGUGGUAUUGAAGGUGGAUGAUUUCCAUGCUAGAUUUGAUGACUAUCCUGACAUUCUCCAACUGGAUUCGUUAAAAGUCGAAGGGGAUAUACGAUUUGAAAGAGGAGUGGUAUUGAAGGGCAACGUUCGCAUAGUGAACAAAAGUGAUCGGCAGAAAACUAUCAAAUCAGGAACAUGCAUAGAUAAUGAAGAAAUUCUAUUCGAAUAA